GAGCAAGCAAAGGAAAAACAGAGAAAGAAAUGUGAAGAUAAAUGAGAACUCAAUAAAGAAGCUCACCGCUUUCUUUUUCUAUUUUAUUCAGAACGUUCUUGGAUUUUUUUUUUUAAACUUUCCUGCUUUGUUUGUUUUUCUCGGGAAACAAACACAAAGAAUACAUUUUUUGAAUUUUUGGAGCUUUGAAAUGGAGAAAAGCUGUGAGUUCUGCACAACUUCAAGACCAGUUGUUUAUUGCAAGUCUGAUGCAGCUCACCUGUGCCUUUCUUGCGACGCGAAGGUCCAUUCGGCCAAUGCACUUUCAAACCGGCAUCUUCGUACCCUCCUCUGUGACUUGUGCCGGCACCGCCCAUCACAUGUUUGUUGUUUCAAUCACAGAAUGUUCUUGUGUCGUGGUUGUGACCAAAGCCUCCAUGAUGUUUCUUCUCACCACCUCCACCAGAGACGAGCAGUUAGUAGCUAUUUGGGGUGCCCUUCGGCUAAGGAUUUUGCAGCAUUGUGGGGUUUUGAAUUGAAUGAAUUGGAUAACAAUGCUACUCAAGACCAGGCUUUGUCCAAUUCAUGUAUUUCUAUGAAUCCCAAAGGAGUUGAACCUGGGAACUUAAGGCAGUCUUCUUUGGGAACCGGAGUCUCUUCGAGUAAAUCCGGCAUGACUUCUCUCGCUGCUGCAGGACACAACUCUGGAUCAAACUGUCAACGAACCAAGGUUAUUAGCAGAGUUCAGCAAAUGAAAAAUACUUCACUGAUUCUACAACAGAUUAUUGACCUGAAAAAGUUUCAGCUCACUGAGGGAGAUUGCCAUUUGCCUCUCAAUUGUAGCCUAGAACAAGCAGACACAUCUUCUUCAAUAUGCAACUCUUCAAAAAACGAUGAUAGUAAUCUAGUCCAAGAUACUGAUACAAAUAUCCACCAAAGUGACAAUCCGCUCGAGGAGCUGAAUACGGAUAUGGAGAACCUAUUGUCGUCUUCAACUUCCGGGAUGCCUUUUUACGGAGAAUCUAUUUGGCAAUGUAAAAGUCCGAUCCGCAAUAGUCAGUUAUGGUCCCAAAAUAUGCAAGAUCUUGGAGUUUGUGAAGACACAUUUUGCCAAGAUGAUUUUAACAUGCCUGAUAUUGAUUUAUCUUUCCGCAACUUUGAAGACCUUUUUGGUGUUGAUCAACACCCGACCAGGGGACCACUUGCUAGUAAAGAUGUUCCAAGCUCAUCUAUGGAGAAGGAGGCCUUCAACAACUCCAAUAAUGUUAAUGCCAUAUCAAUGGAGGGAAUCAUUACUUCAGCUUGCACAAGUCAACCAUCUUAUUCAGCAAUGCCAUCUGUUUCAAGGUUCAGUGCUGAAACCAGUGCUCCCGACUGUCUUGAUAAUGGUGUUUCAGCUAUAAUACAUGGGGAAGCGUCAUGCAUUUCACCUGACUUAGAUAGCUUUCAUUCAGAGGCCAGAGAAAAUGCCAUGGUGAGAUACAAAGAGAAGAAGAAAGCCCGACUUGUCAUGUGUUGUUCAGGCAUGAAAGACAAAUUAAUAGUGCAUCACGGAAAGCAAGAACCGACGUAGAGAAGAGAGUAAAAGGGAGAAUUGUGAAGAGGGAGGACUAUGAUUCUGAUAAUCCAAAUGUGACAAAGAGCUGUUAAUCCUCUAUAUUCUUAUAUAUAUAUAUACACUACAUAUUUUAUCAGUUCCAGAUUCAGUAUGUUCCCACUUGUUACUCAAUCUUCCAUUUUAUACUCAACCAAUUCUUUCUCUCCCAUCUAUUUAUGUUAUUGGAUUCUGGUCUAAGCAUGUGUAUGUUCUUUUAGAGAUGGUAUUACAUGGUAGUUGGUAUCCACUUUUUAUAUCUUCAAUUGAUAUUAAGUAGCUAUUAAAAUUU